CACAUCUCACUUGUAUCUGCGCUACCACACGACUACGACAAAUUGCCAGCAACACGGCACAGUGAUAUGACAAUGGCCACCACCGCUACCACAGCUCGUACAUUUACUAUCUUCGUCGACGAGGCCCCCGUACGCCCUAGGACCAAAAAGGGCUCCAACAACACCGCUGCUAUUCUCACCCAAGACAAAUCCGCUGGUUCUUCGAACACCAACGUUCCUGCUCCUGCUCCUUCAUUCGCGACCUCUAGCGAAAAGGAGAACCUCCACCCGAUUACGAGCGUUCGACUUGGUCUUGAUGGCGCCCUGAAGCAAAAGGGGAAGGAUAGUAAGGGAAAGAGUGCGUUGACUACCAAACUCUUCCUUCCAAAGGCCGAAAGGAUCGAGAAGGAUAAGCCUGAGAUGAAGAAGCGCAGGCUUGCGUCGACCUCGACCUCUUCGACCUCUUCCAACACCCUUAUUGCCAAGUCUACAAAGUCUACCCUAACGGACUUGCGAUCAAAGUCCAAGAUCCCACGUAAGAAGGACUCCAGGGCGGGUUUGACUAAGAAGGUGGCGGAGAUGCCGAAGGUUGAGGAGGAGUCUGAGGUCAAGGACGCAAAGGUGGUGAAGGACGCGAAGGUGGUGAAGGCGGUCGAGAAGGCAAAGGCGAAGACGAUGGUGGAUGAGCAGGAGACGAUGAAGGCCCUGAGUGAGCAGGCUCAGGCGGUGAUCGAUGCGAAAUGCUACGACCUCACCGUCUCGCCUCUCGCCGAUGUCUCUGAGGCUUAUGAGCAAAUGAUUGCCAGUGAUCUUCCCUUGCGCAAGAAGCCUAGCCCUCAGAUCCGAGUCACCUCCAAAAACGAUCUACUCGCCAAAACGCCUUCCCAGAGUGUUCGCUCUCGCGGGUCCGCUCGCGCCUCUUCACCCCCGCCAGCAGCACUCCCUUCCGUCGCAGCGAUCUCGGAAGCUUUGAGGAAAGACAAAGGGCCUUCCAAAGAUUUCUCCACCCCUGAACGCAAGGAGAUCUAUGCCGCUUUCACGUUCUCCUCGCCUUCGCCCUCCGCGAAGCGUUUCGCUGCGUCUCGUGGUACCGGUGGCGCGUUUGCGUUCGGUGACAUAGCAUUCAACCCCGCGUGGUGAUACGACAAGCGAACCCUGUGUUCAACGUCCAUCCUCCCUACGCCAUGACUACGGGAUCUCUAUGAACAUAUAUCUUCUUUCGUGCAUACUUGCGUUCGAAAUUCAAUGGGACAUCCCAACACCCAAUAUUUAUCACCCAUUCUCUGCUUGUCGCAUGUACUUCAAUCGUUCAGAAUACUGUGCAUGCCGUCCCACUCGUCCUCCGUACCAACCUGCAUCCCAUUUCCUCGACAACACGCUCCAAGCCGAUACCUGCACUCCGAUAUUUACUGUUCACCGCUCGCAUCCCUCUUUCUUUUUCUUACAGCCAAUCUUUUCCAUUAUCACCGUACAUAUGUAAUCCUUCAAUGGGACUCGGCUUCACUGUGCACCCCAAGCAAUUGUUCAUUCCACGUUCCCCUACAUAUACCGGAUACCUUGCAUGGCCCAGACUCAUGGAUUUCCUUCCUGACUCCUGCCUCUUGCAUUUCUCAUUUUAGCCGUCCCCGUCCACAGUCUACCUUUUGCGAUCUCUUGGUUACCUCUGCAUCGUUCU